AUGGAGAACGAAACUAAUACCUUAGGAACCGGAGAGCCUCCAACGUCGAUGGCGGCGAUGACGACAACAGAGCUUGACGGCGAUGAGUACGAAAGCAAUGGGUACGAACCAAACGAGGAGCUUUUGCUCUUGCAAAUAAUGGAAGCAACCAACAACGUCGCUUCACCGAAGCUUGACGCCGUACUAGAUGAUGGGGCAGACUUGACCUGGCCUCCAGGUCAAAGGCAGCAGUCACCGUUGCUCAUGGAGCGCCCACAAAGCUCAGGGAUCGAUGCUAUGGCUUUCAGCUUUGCAAAGCCUGCGCAGAAUUCAAGGCCCUUUUCGCUACAACCUCCGAGAACUUGUGCUUCUGUCACCGUCCCUCAUGAUACGUCAGACCAAAGUGGUCAAGCGAUUAGCGAGUGCUCAACUAGAGAACAGCAGACAAAACGCACACACCCUCCAACGCGCUCACACUCUCAUAACACAGAAAGGCCAUCAACCUUAACUGCACCAGCGCAACGCUCAAAUUCGAAGAAUCCGCUUUCAACAGGGUCCGGGGAAAGAUCGAAAGUGGACCUUCAGCGUACACCUGAGUGUGAGGAAAGCCAGCCCGCACAUACUGAGCCCAGUUGCGGCCCCAAUCGCCAGCCGGAUUAUAGUCUUCAAGGUACGUUCCGAAUGCGGAGCUCUACUUCCUGCUAA